AAGCAACACACCGUCGUCGUCCAGAGCGUGACUUGGACUCUGCUGGAGUUCAGCUGGAUCAGCUCUGCGGAGUAACGCGGCAAAUUCUGGAUGCCCAUCAGGCCCUUAGAUUGAUUGUAGCGGGAUGUUGAUUUGUAUCGUCGGCCCUAGCCUUGUCAACUCAAUCAAACGGACGGUGACACUCUUCUGUGCUCUGCUGACCUUGCUUCCCUUCGACAGCUCACCGGGUAAACGCACAAGCUACAUCAUUAAGACUUACUCAGCGGGAUAUAUGUGGCCGGGUCCCCGAUACUUAACUGCGCACAUGGCAGGAGUUCAAGCUCACAAGGUGACAUCCAAAUGUCCUCCACACAAAAUCCACUGAAGAUUACGAUUGUCGGGGCCGGAAUCGGUGGGCUCUCCGCUGCUAUCGCCCUGCGUCACAGCGGGCAUGUCACACAGGUUUUCGAACGUUUGGAGGCGGACAUCGAGCUCGGGGCAGCGCUAAGCGUGCAAGAGAAUGCGAUGCGUGUUCUGAACCGAUUUGGGAUCAACCCCGAGAACAUGAAGCCCGUCUAUGCUCGCGGGCUUGUGGGUUUCAAUCCUAUCACUGGAGAGAGCAGGGAGGUUUUGCUUGUGCCGCAGGAUGCAGCACCAGCUCCAACUGAUACUGUACUCGUCCACCGCAGCGACUUGCACGAGGAACUCAAACGGGUUGCCCUGUCUCCAGACGGCAAUGGUCCUCCCGUGCAUAUCAGACUGGGCUGCAAGGUCGUCUCGUGUGAGCCGGAAGCCGGCAUCGUCGUCCUCGACUCGGGAGAGACGAUUGCCGCGGACCUGGUCAUCGGGGCAGAUGGUCUGCAGGCUCGUGAUAUGUUCACUGAUACUUCAUUCUUCGUCCAACCUUCGUCUAGUCGCGUAUUCAAGGCUGCUUCAAUGAAAAAUAACCCUGACUUCGACUGGAUCACGAAGGGCAUAUCGGGUGUUCGGGCCGUGCCGUGGAAGGGAGAACCGUUUCGCAUGAUAUUCUGCUAUCUCUGCCGAAACGGGGAACUGCUCAACUGCGUCCACUUCUACCAGGAAUCCGAGGAAGAGAAACAAAAUCUUACCAGCCGCACGAUCACUCCCGCUGAAGUCCUCCCCAAAUUCACAGGCGCCGAUCCGAAAUUCCUUCGUCUGUUCGACCUGCCGAACUACAACGCCGAACACUACCGGUGGCGGCUCCGCACAAUGCCCGUCCUCUCCACCUGGAUCAACGGUCGCACGGCGAUUCUCGGUGACGCAGCCCACGCCAUGCCGCCUUUCAUGGCCCAAGGAGCCGCGAUGGCUAUCGAAGACGUUGGGGUCCUUGCCGGCCUCAUUCCUCUCGGGACCACGCGCGAGCAGAUCCCCGCCCGACUGGCUGCGUGGCUUGAUAUCCGGAAACCCAGGGCAGACUGGAUGAACAGGACUUCGGUUGCGCAGAUUCAGGCGAUCAUAGAUGGAAAUCAGGGCGGUGCGCAUUCGGUAGAGGCACGUGAAAAGAUCGUUUCUUAUGAUGCGCUCCAGGCUGGGAAGGACGCUUAUCAGAAAUUGUUUGUCUGACUCAAGGGAUAGACCGGGACAGUUCAACUGUCUUCGCUCG